UACCUCAUCAGCGCGUCUCUUUUUAUGACGACAGGAAUAGCGUGUACUUUCCCGGGACACACACAGCAGUGGACUAUACCAUCUAUAUGAGUGCUGAGGGUGAAGUAAUAUAGCCCCCCGCCUUGUGGAUGUAAUGGUAUAACCCAGCAGACUGUGUGGGAGAAUAAGGGAUGUCCAUGCUGGUACAGUAAGCGGCUCAGACAAUAGUGGAAGUGGGUGAGAAGGACGUGUUGGGAUACCAAGCUCCUGGACUGGUAGCGGACUCAGGGGCAACAUGAUUGAAGAGGAGCAGUUUGUCAACAUCGACUUGAAUGACGACAAUGUGUGCAGUAUAUGUAAGCUGGGCACCGACAUUGAAACCCUGUCAUUUUGCCAUAUCUGCUUCGAGCUAAGCAUUGAGGGAGUUCCCAGAUCAGAUCUCCUACACACCAGAUCCUUACGAGGGCACAAGGAUUGCUUUGAGAAAUUCCAUCUAAUAGCAAAUCAGGACUGCCCCCGGUCCAAACAUUCAAAGAGCCCCUAUGAGGAAGUGAAGAAUAUUGUGAGCAAAAAAAUAAACUGGAUUGUACAAUACGCACAAAACAAGGACUUGUAUGCGGAUUCUGAAUGCCCAAAAUCUACCCAGCACAAACUCCGGAAGUUCCGGCACCAAAGCGAUAGGACUCUGCUCCCUCAGAAUGAUUCCCAGGUGCCCAGGUAUUCUGCCAAGUGGCUGGAGGCAAGUGCUUGUGGGGUGUCCAGCUGUGCCCAGGGAAUAUUGGAGCAGAGCAAAUCCAGAGACUUCAGUGCCAGCAUGCUACAGAAUGGCAAUACCACCUUCUGCCACAGCAAUACUUUGUGGCCGGGCACCAUUAAACCACAAAAGACAGAAAACAUCAGCCUUAGUUCUGGCUCUAGGAGAUACCAGCACUACAGCAGGGAGGAACUAAGUUUAAUGAGCGUCGAAGAGUUGGGGCACGUAAAAGAAAAUCUCCUUCGGCAAAUUAAAGAUGUGUUUGAAGAUCUGAGUGCUGUAGUGCAGGACAAGGACUCAUUAUCUUCAGAACUUCAUGUACGGCACAUUGCUAUAGAACAGUUACUGAAGAACUGCUCCAAACUUCCAUGUCUCCAAAUGGGUCGAGCCGGGCUCAAGGCUAACUUUCCUAUCAACAACUGAGGCACCGGCUGUGCUACAGCGACACUGCCACAUACACUCCGGACUCUUCCAGUUUCCUUUCAUGCCAUUUUGUGUGGUUCAUUUGGCUUCUGGGACUCUGACGAGCCUUUUCAUUCAUAUUUAAAAGAAUUUGUUGCAUUUAACAAGAACAAGAAAAGAUAUUCUUUUUAUUCUGGAGUGAUUUCAACGAGUGGAAUUUUUCCUUUGCACAACAAGAGCACAGCAAAAUAUGCAAGACCUUCAUCCUUCAGCCAUUGAUGAUUAGCGUGUCUCAUUACCAGCAAACCACCCACCAACCAUUCUCCACUGAUGGCAACUUGGUGAACGGGGGACAUUGUUACCAAAUUCAAUGAGGCAAUAAAUCCAUCAUUGGCCAUUUACAAAAAAAAAAGUGUUUUUUUUAACUACAUUUUUAACAUGGAUCAGUAUUGUGUGGGGGAAAAAACAUUUGCACGCCACUUUUGUGCCUAUUCACCAAAAUUCUUGACUGAACCCAGAUGGCAGAUAUUUCAUAUUUGGUUUUAGACAACGAGAUGUCCAACCCCAAGGCCUCGGCAACUGAGCCGCUUCUCUAAGAGAAGACUGUGUUUAUCUGAUUAUUUAGAGCCGGGGCGCUUUUUUUUUUUUUUUUUUUUAAUGAGAACUCGUAUUGGGGGUAAUGUUUAUAAUUGCUUGAAACUCUUGGUUGUAUAGUCUUUCCAUGUUUACAACAAAAUUUUUUAUAAGCUACAUUUUUUUAUAAAGAUAAAUAUUUUGGGUACAUAAACGGUAUAUAUAGAAAUGUUUGGUUCUAAAUAUCUGAAUAUUAUUAAUGUAUGCUGGAGGAAUUCAAGAAGUAACUUUUUGGGGGGGUUUUUGGACAAAGUGUCUUCCCUAUUACCCAAACAGAACUUUAGAAGAGGGAAAGAUGAUUUUCAACCCUUUAUGACUGUGUAUUAAUUAGGGAUGCACCGAAUACAUAAAAUCAUGUGAUUUUUCGUCAUAUAAACAUGGAAGUUGAAAAAGUUUCACCACACACUGCGCGUGUGGUUCUCAUUAGCUCUUCCGUGGCCUAAUUAGCAUUUGCAAAUUAGGGUUCGGAUUUAAUUCGGCCAAGUCCCAUAAUAGUGGAUUCGUUGCAUUCCUAGUAGCAAUAAGAUCCUGUUACUGUGGGAACCCUCUCUGUUCCAUUAUGGUCUACACAGAACCUUGUUCCUUUAUGAUCUAUGAGUAUACACCCUGGAAGUAUCAUUUGCACUAUUAGUCCUGCUUUCAAUGUGUAAAAUGUCCACAGACUUUAAAGGGUUCAAGCCUCGUUCAUUGUGCAGAUAUUUAUCUGUGCCGAUCAGUUAUGGCCCACCUUCUUAAAAUAAGUCCUCUUCUAGUUU